AUGAACUACAGCAUGAAUUGGUGCUAUGAUUAUCGUGCAUGCUACUUCUCAGAUGAUGAAGACUUGUCGGACUCGGAUAUCAGACAAGAAUCAGACCGCUCCCUUCUCUCGGAGCUCGACCUCUCAAGCAGGUUGGAUGCUGCACAACAUCGUACCAAUCCGUGGACGAUUGCCAAGAUCAAUGCCUCGACACGAAACGUCCGAGUCGCUAAUGUUGCCCACCCGCAAGCAAUUCGUGCGAAGCACACUCCCAACCAGGCUGGAGUGUCCAGGCCUGAGCAGUCAAAAUCACGAAAUUGCGGGCUGCAAUCGAUCCAAAUAUCCGAAGGUGAGGGAAAAUCCUCUUCUGAUUCAGGCCGAAACGAGCUUGCUCUAGCCGGCAAUAGUGACGAGCGGCCCGUUCCAACCUUCAACGCCAAGUCUUCCUGGCUAGCUAUCUCAAGUCAGGGCAUUAAGGCCGCGCAUACACAGCACCAGCCUCCGUUCGCACCGGUCAAAACUCGUCAGAGAGAUAUUCCCGAGGAUGGAGAUUGUCGGAACAUAACACCAUCUGCGAGCAGUAAGCCCAUGCAUCGGGGCAUGCUUGCCGAUGCGAAAUCACCAACACAUUCGUAUGUGCUCUCGGGAGUACAGGGCUGCGUGCAGGAAGCACUGGCAGUGCAGCCCGGCAAGGAACAGGUAUCUCCCGGGCCUCAGUCGCACCCUCCAGUCCUUCCACCUCCAAGCCUCCCUUCGAAUCCUGAGACCGCAACGUUCGCUAGGACCCGCAUACAGCCAAACAAAACUUCGCCUGGUCUCAGGCAAUCCACCAAGCGUGACGCAUACAGUGCAUUCCCGAUCUCGCCAGAUGCAACCUGGUGCACACUCCCCUCGACUCAACCAAAACGAACUUCCCAGACAUUCAAGGCACGCACAGCGACUUCAAAGAGGUUCACUCUGCCACUCCUGACGGCGGAUGGCGGAAGAUCGCAAUCCACAGGCAGGAAGCGGACCGUCUACUGUCCGCCGCCUCGGGCAACGACCAAGUCUCAUGCCCACGGUGCACCUUCCCGAGGGCAGGAUGUCGGCGGGGUGCCGUCGCGUUCUACUAUCUCUAACCUGGACGCCUCUGAUGACGGCGAGCGUCGGCGAUUCAACCCUGUGGUGACGGUAUACAUACCUCUGUCGCCGGUGUCCUCUCCACCGAAGCUCGACGAUCCUGCCAGCCUCCGCGCCAGAGCUUCACUCCCGUCGCCCCCGCCCUCGGACCCCAUUCUCGAGACUGAUGCCGACGACCGUGGCACCGGAGGCCCACGCAUUCGCCAUGAACCGUACAAGAUCAGAUACGCCGGUAUGAAGAGGAGAAUUGCUGAGCGCAGGCGGGCUUCGACGCAGCUAUGGGAUCGCUUAGGUCUGCCCAGCUGCGGCGUCGUCUUCCAGGAUCCUCCUAGUAGCCCGGCUUCUUCCCAAACCAACGUGUCGCGGCGCGACUCGAAACCUGAACAGAAAGUGCUCGAACUGCCUAUAUGCGUCUGGAACCCAGCCGACUCUACAUCUGCUUGAAGUCCCGUGUCUUUCCCUCGUCGAACUGCUUCCCUUAUCGGUCUGCAUCGUAUCGCAACGUCUUUCCGACUCAACACCUGUCCCUGCUGCUUGAAACUUCGGUCGGAUCAACUUUUCGAGGUCAACCGCCUUGUCGUCGUUUUGUAAUGCUUUACCGUGUCAAUACCCGUCCUGUACGUUCGCUAGCAA